ACAUGGUCGAGUCCACCCCGCAGUCGUCGUCGUCGUCGUCUCUAGCGGUCAAAGCUUAACCCCCGCGUGCGCAUCUUUCUCCAUGGCCCACCACGCCCACGGCCGGAGCGCGCCGCCAUGCCUCACCGCCGGCGAGUCGAACCCGCGCCGCGCGCGCGCCCUAUACUCGCUGGUGGCGGCUCGAUCGGUGCGCCGCCGCUUCCCGUCUUCGCCACAUCGCGGGAGGAUGCUUUUGUCCUUGGAAUGCUCUCCGGCAGGUAGCUCGUCGCCGGCGCAUGGCCAAUAAGUGAGGAGGGGGAGGUGCCCCGGCAUGUAGUAGAUGUAGAUAAUCAAACUCCGGUGAAUUGAAAACUCUGCUGGGCCGGCAGCUGCUGACUAGGUCGCCACACCCUACCUAUCGUGCUGACUCCUUCCCUGUUUUGACUUCCUGGCCGCGUCCCCUCACCCCGCACUGCAAACAAACGCGCAAAGGGAGGAAGAACAUCUCACCCUCAGAUAAGCAAGGCCAACUCAGAGAAUUAACAGGCAAGCCACACCUCUCCUCCUUUUACAAAUUUGAUCUUGGUUUCAAAUGGAUAAUGAAGGGAGCAAUGUUAAAAAUUUCCUUCAUGCUAAUGGACAUGUGGUGCUUGAAAGAGUGGAUAACAACUAUAAUCUAAGAUCUUUCACUCAAAAAGAGAUAGAAGACAUCACCGGUGGGUAUGGCAUCGUGCUGGGAGAAGGGGGGUUUGGUAAGGUUUACAAAGGAAAACUCGAUAAUCAUCGUCCAGUCGCAGUAAAGAUAUACAAAAAUGGAACCAAGAAAGAAGAGUUUGCCAAAGAGGUGAUAGUGCAUUCCCAGAUAAAUCACAAGAAUGUUGUCAGACUGUUUGGUUGCUGCACAGAUGUAAAUGCUCUUACGAUCGUUAUGGAGUUUGUAUGCAAUGGCAACCUCUACAACAUCCUCCACUGCUGCAGCAGCAAUGCUAAUGGUUCUAUCCCCUUCCCAUUGGACAAACGUCUGGACAUCGCCAUUGAGUCAGCUGAAGCAUUAUCAUGCAUGCAUUCAAUGUAUAGUCCUGUUCUUCAUGGUGACAUCAAACCUGCUAAUAUAUUGCUAGAUGAAAAUCUUCGGCCAAAGAUAUCGGAUUUUGGGAUAGCAAGAUUGCUUGCUGCUGAUGAGACACAACAUACCAGACAUGUCAUUGGUUGCAUAGGUUACAUGGACCCUUUGUUUUGUCAGAGUGGAAUACUAACCCCCAAAAAUGAUGUAUACAGUUUUGGAGUCGUUCUGCUGGAAAUCAUCACCCGAAAGAAAGCUGUGGAUGGGAACAUCAUCCUUGCUCAAACUUUUGCUGAAGCCCCGAGAAAAGGGAAAAAGAUGAGACAAAUGUUUGAUGUGGAAAUUGCGAAUGAUAAAAAGAACAUGAAAUUUCUUGAAGAUGUUGCAAAACUAGCAGCCGAGUGCUUAAAAAUGGAGGGCAAAAUGCGUCCUGAAAUGGUUGAAGUAGCAGAUAGACUUAGAACAAUUAGAAAAGCUUACCACCAGCGCAAGGGUAGAAGUUCUGCAGGUAGCAACUCUGGUCUUACUAUAAGUGGAAAGACAGAGGAUGUGCCUUCCCCUAUCCCUCUUACCACUGCUACUGUCAAAAACACGGACGGAAUUCUACCAUCAGCGGUACCGACCAUUUCCAUGGAUGACCUGAAGGAAAUAACCAGGAACUUUAGCAAUGAUGCUCUAAUAGGAGAGGGCUCAAACAAUAAAGUUUUUUUCGGAGUGCUGAAAGAUGGACAUAAAUCUGCGAUCAAGAAGCAUAGGCCUACUACAAAAAAUAUUUUGGAGGUUCCGAUGGUCUCAAGAUUCAAACAUGAAAAUGUUAUCCAGCUUCUCGGAUACUGUGUUGAAGGAGGCAACCACAUUCUUGCUUAUGAGUAUGCAUCCAGGGGAUCCUUGUACGAUAUUCUUCAUGGUAAAAAGAAUGUCUGGGGAGCUGAACCAGGACCGAUUCUAUCCUGGGCGCAGCGUGUGAAGAUUUCCAUGGGUGCUGCAACUGGGCUAGAAUUCCUCCACGAGAAGGCACAGCCUUCCGUUGUCCACGAUGGCAUCAAAUCCAGCAAUAUAUUUCUCUUUGACAGUGACGUUGCAAAAAUUGGUUGGCCUAGUGUUUCCAGACAGCCCCCUAUAGACAAUAUCCUUUUGGAUCGUAUUAACUUUCCUCCCGGUUACGGUUAUGAUGCGCCUGAGUAUGUAAUGAACGAACAACUUUCUACAAUGAGUGAUGUCUACAGCUUCGGGGUCGUGCUGCUGGAACUUUUAACCGGUCGAAAGGCAGUUGAUUCUACACUACCCAGUGGCAAAUCCCUCGUGACAUGGGCUACACCAAGACUUUCUGAAUGCAAGGUGCAAGAAUGCGUGGAUAAGAGGCUAGGAGGAGAUUACCCUCCUAAGGCUGUCGCAAAGAUGGCUGCAAUCGCGGCGCUUUGUGUACAGUACGAGGCGGACUUCCGGCCACGAAUGAGCGUCGUCGUCCAGCUUCUGAGGACUAUUUCCGCCGAUAAUGAAGCACAUCUGGAGUCUGAGGCAUCGUCCAAGCAGUGAAUAGCAUGUGAAUUGUGAUGUGAUGUUGUGGCGGAAUAUAAUCAUGGGUUCAAAGAUCAUGCGCGAUAUCGCUACGGCCCAUGAUAUUUCAAUAAGUAGCUAAGCAUUCGCCCUUUGCGGUAUUGGAUUCUCAUUGUGCACAUAAAUUUAGACAUUGGGUUUGGAUUUUGGCAUUCGGGUAGCCAUGUUCCAAUUCCUAUUUCCUCCACGUAGCUCAAGGUACGUGCCCUCACGAGUCGUCUGGCUCCACGGUCUCGCGAGGCUCCGGAGGCUCGCGAGGGUCGAG